CUAACAGCUCUCUUUGCAACAGUGUUCUGGGGAAGGGUUAUUUAGCUCUGGCCUCUAGAGCUCCAUCCAUCAAACGAUCCUUUUGAUAGGUCUGGGAGCACCAGGUCCGCUGUCCCUGUACAAUGGGUUGCCAUUCCAGCAAAGGUACCGAGGUGAUAGAGGACUCCCAGAAACCUGGAGAUCUCGCCGAUGGAGGAGAGCCGAAGAUGGAGCCUGGCACUGAGGCAGGGGAUGACAAGGACGCCUCAAUGAAGGAAGAAACCCCUGAGCUGAAAAGCUGACCUUCUUUAUUAAGUGAACCCUCAACUUAUCCCUGGAGCUGCCUUUGGCCUGUGAGGCCCCACCCAGAAGAGCUAUCCUAGGAGGGCAGAAAGAGCCCUGUUUAGGAUAUGACCUUCACAGGGCUUGCUCUCUGGCCUUGGGGAGAUGAAGGGUUAAGCUUGAAGCAGUCCUAUUUCUCCAGUGCUCUGUAAAGAGGACAAAGAACCGCUUCAUUCCUCUUGGGGCCUUUCCCACAGCCUCUGGAAAGAGAAAAACAUGCAGAUUGAUCCUCUGGUCCAGACUAUCUGCUUCCGGGCUGUGAAUGUCCAGCCAUAAUGUCUGCUUCCCUUCCCGGGACUCUGGAGGCUUCGUAGCCAUGACAUCAACUGGGACUAUGGAUUUUGGUUUGGUCUUAAUCUCUCUCCCUUUUUCCAACAGCUGAAUGAACAGCCAGCUCCCCGACAGGAAGCUUUUGCGUUUGGCUCUCUUCACCUUGUUUGCAUGAAUAAUUCAGUAUCUAGCUUACAGUCUCAUUAAUGAAUUAUGGGAAUGAUCAGUAUUGGGCAGGGAUUAUGAGAAUGGAUGGCAACAAGGCCUUGGGCUCACCGCAAGCAGAGUGCAGAGCGCUGGGAGGGGAGGGGAAACCCAGGUUUCCGGUUAUUAAAUGCUCAGAAAUGUCCGACUGCCACGUCUUCUGCUAUCAAAAGUCUGUCUAUUUGAACCGUUUAGCAUCCAAACUGUCUGUAUCUAGCCUUCAGAAAUGUUUUGCUGUUUCCUAACAAUGUGUGUGUCAGCCAGUCUCAUUUCCCUCUGAAUGUGUUUUGUUUUCAAUGCAACCCCCAAAGCAUUUUUCAUUUGAAAUCAAACAGACAUAUUUGCAGAUAAAUGAUGCCACAACACAUUUUAAAGAUGAGAUGGGGAUUCUGUGAUUUCAGGAUUGUCGGGGGUGGGGGGAUGGUGGGGUGCCACUCUGAGGAGCAGGAGAAAUUUUGCGUCAGACUUCACACUGAGCCUUCUACAGGGAUCAUUUAAUUCAACCAGCACUACCACCCUGAUUUUAUAGGUGAGAAAAUGUAGGAACUUGCCUGAGUAUGGCUAAGCAGGAUGUGUGUGUGUGCGCGCAUUAGAAUUACAGCUAUAUGUAUGCCACCAUGCCUAUCUUUAAAGAGAUCUGAUCCCCAGAUGUGUGACCUCAGUUCACACAGAACUUCCUAUUUAAAGACUA